GUCUUCAACGCACUUCAACGUAACCUCGGCGCCCUAACCAAAGCGACGAAUGCCCGCUAUAACCUCCACGUACGCCGCAGUAACCUUGGACAACUGACAGUUACGUCUCCCCGCGUCGAGAGGCUCCAGAAUGGCUUCAAAACCCCAGUGGAUCCACUCCCCAGGAUUGUUCUCCCUGAAUCGCCCAGAGGAUUGAUCAGUGUUUGAUUGAGUCGCGGCAGUGGAACAAGUGCACGAGUGUCGGGUCUCGAGUGGGAAAAAAUGUGCUAGUGAUUCUGUGCUUCUGGAUUCAGUUGGGGUUCAGUGCAUUCAGGACUUCGACGGCAUUUUCAGGGCUUCGGGCAGGGGUUUUUUUCAGUGGAAUUGUCUCGCAUUUGUACUUUGACCCGAGCGACGCGUUCCAGGCAUGGAGGAUCGCUCGAGGUGAUGGUUAUCUGAGUAAUUUGGUGGAUCAGGUGAUACUGGUGGUGAUACUGAUGGGGGGAGAUUAGAUUGAGGGGUAUUGGGGGUAUUGACUCGGUGGGGAGUGAUUGUCGAGUGAGACUCAUGGGGAAUGAGUGAUCGGAGGAGUGAGGACUGUCCCGGGGACAAGAGGAGGUACAUUUUCUUCCAGGAUCCGGAUGUGGUUGCUCAGAGGGCCGAAGACAACGCGACGACCCUCCACCACCAUCACCACCAAAAGGAGCCCCAGGCCGCCCAGGUGCAAGCCUACCCCUUCACCUUCAUCUCGGCAGUGAAACGAAAGCUCUCCCUAUCAGCCCAGAAUGCCUCCCAGCACCUAAAAAUCCCCCUGGACCCAGUGAUCCUGCCCCCGGAGAUGGACUUCGUGAAGCCGCUGAAGGUCCCAGACCUGAAGAUCCUCCCAAAGAGCCUGGACUACUCCCCGCACCGUCAGAAAUUCCCUCACCCCCAGAAAGACCCCCCGAAGCCCGAAAAGUCCCCAAAGGUCUCCCUGGCGCACCGCAAACUCGACUUCUCCGGCUCUGACUCCUUCACAAACGACGAUUUCGAGUCGUUGAAGGCCCCGGACAUCUCCUUCCCCUCGAACCUCUCGAAGAAAUCCUACCCCCGGGACUCCUCACGAGAGAAAGAAAACAGAUCGAAAAAAACUCGAAAAGAGGACUCAAGUUUCUCGAAGGGUGAGGACUCUGACGCCUCGCGACGCAGAAACCUGCGGCACAUUUCACGAAAGGAUCUCGAGGAAAUUGUGCAAAAGUCAAAGACCGAGAGGUUCUCACUGGCCCCAGAGCUCCUGAACCCCAGGAAGUCCCAGAAAAAGGCGCCCUCAUCGAAGAAGGACUCCAGAUACCCAGGAAAGUCCAGGGAGAGGUCCUCCGAGGGCAGAGCAAGAGCUCCAGAGUCUAUUCCAAAGGCCAGGGAGUCGUCUCGAGGGUCAGGGAGUGAGAGCUCCCUGCAGAAGCACCCUGAGGACUCGAAGCACCGAGUGUCCUCGAAGGAAGUGAAGAAACUCCUGGAGAAACCCAAGAGGUCGUCCCCAAAGAGCUCCAGACACAGCGAAUUAUCUGAGGAACUUGAUGCUGAGAAAGUCAAGAGGAGAAAGGAGGGGGAGAGAUCCCUGACGGAUUCAGGUGGUGAAGUCUUCCUGGACCCCAGGAGGAUCUCCUUCAGGGACGACAGCUACCAGCAGGAGGAGUUCGUCAACCUGGUGACGCCUGAGUUGAACCUGAAUCACAAGCACAGGCCCAGAAGGGAGGGAAGGCCUCAAGCGAAGGAGGACGAGGAGGGUAAUUCACCGUUGGAGGGAAAUCCUGGGGAUCGAGAUGUCCUGGUGCACCCCACAGCCCUCCACAUGCAGUUCCAGGCGGAGCUCCAUCUCUUUGAUUCUUACAAUGAGUCCCUGAGGCAGGUGAUGGACGUGGAGAAUAGUCUGUACAGUGUCAAGCAGGAGAAGGAGCGAGAGGCCAGGAGGUGCUUGCUGGGGGGUGAGCAGCUGAAGGAGGCUGACGAGGUUUCGUCCCACGUCGAAGUCCCCGAGGAGCGCCCCCAGGACUUGGAGGAGCCGAAGAAACCAGCCCGAGAGGUGCAGACACAAACGGUCAACGACAUUGCCACCCAGACCGAGACAGACCCCUCCAAGACCUACCCAGGGAUCACGUACAACCGAGGCUCCCUCUGCGACCUGAACAUCGACUCCCUGAACGACCUGGAGAAGCUGGAGGUGUCCCUCCCCAGCCAGAUCCGUGCCAUGUCCGAGAUAAGUCUCCACGAGACGACGUCCUCCAUAAAAACAGAGACAGGAACGGAAAUCAGUAUUUCAACUCGAGACGUCACGUGCUCCUUCAACAAGUACCUGGACCACGAGAUGGCCCAGCUCAUAAAGGACGAGAAGCUGAUGUACGACAAGAUCGAAAUGCUGUUCAAGUACAGGGAGAAAACGUUGAACGACAGGACCAGGAAGAUUGUUAAACUCGAGGAGCAGAAGAGGGCCCUGAGGGACACUGGCCAGGACAGCAGGAUCAGUUCAGUGAAGAAGAAGCAGAGGGCAUUGCUGCUGAAGCUUCAGCAGGAGAAAGAGGAGAUGAAUCGUCUGAAGGAGCUGCACAAGCUGGCGAGCCAGGAGAGGAAGUUGAUGCUGCAGAAGCAGAGGAAUAUGUUCAAUCCCCAGAUGUCGACGAAGACCUUCCUCACGAAAUUGAAGAGGUCUGCUGACUGCCAGUCCCCUAGGAGGCUCUCGGGCCCGAUGAAGGGGUAUGACAUCAGGUCGAACAGUUCAGUGAGUUCUCUGGUGGAUUCUGAUAAGUCUCAGCUGGAGAGGUCUCGCCAGAGUCUGGAGAAGAGCGAUCACGUCCCUUCGAAGCUGAUUCAAGACUCCAGUUAUUCGUCGCAGGUGGAGUCUCCUAAGAAGUACGAGGUGAAGACCAGGAAGUUCGAGGAGAAGAUGCCUAGGGGGGACUUACUGAGGAUGAAGGCACAGCAGCUGGAGAUCGAUGAAGGUUUGGGGAGGAAUGCUGGGACUCCUGGGGAUGGGGAGGAUAAAACGGAGUCUGAUACUCUCGUGGAGGAUUUGUCGAAGAAAAAUCCUGACGGGGAGAAGAGUUGUAGGAGGGGAAAGGUUGAGGACAAAGCUAGGAAGGUUCUGGGCUCUCCUGAGGGGAAGGGCUUCAAGAAGAAAGGGGCGAAGACUGUGAAGAAGUCUGGAUUUGACAAUGACGCUGGAAAGUACAUGAAGAAGGCGAGGGAGGACAGCUCCACUGAGGGGGAUGGGAAGGUCGAUCUCGAUGACAGUCAGACUUCUCUUCAGGCUUUGCUGAAGCAUUCCAAGGCGGUUAAGGAGAAGAACCACAGGCUAAUGAGGGAUAUCGCUGAUGAGGAUGCCCAGGCAAUGAGCGUCGUCAAGGAGGGGGAGGGGCAUGAGGAGGUGCAGGGCUUGGGGAAUAUUUCUACGAGGUCGCAUGUUAGCACAUUCACGAUUUCGAGGCACAGUUCGGGCGACAGUGAGAAGAGCUAUUCGAGGUCAGUGGUGAUUAGGUCGCAGGAUCAUCGGUUCAAGGGGCCCAAGAAACUGGCGCAGAUUUUAAAUGCACGAGAGGCUGCCCUGGCCACCAGAAGAAACUGCGUGGAGGACUGGAUCGCUUGGCACGCGAGGCUCAAAGCCGAGGAGAGCAGAGUUGCACGGAUGGAAGAGGCUGCUUACAAGCUCGUCAGUGCAACGACAAAUGCCCUCUGCAAUGAUACGACGAUUUCCUCGGACACGAGUGACGUCGAAGGACGAGUGGAACUAUUGGCUGAGAAAUUGACUGAGAGACGAGCUGAGAUGGCUAAGCUGAGGAAAGAGGCCAGGAGGCAGGCGAAACAGAGAUUAAAAGCUCUGGAGGCUAAUCUUUUGAAUCAAAUUAAGAAAUACGACACAACAAUCCACGAGAUGCGUAAGAAGCUAGAGUCAAAACGCCUCCCCCCAAAGGAGAACGGCAAGCUAGCAAUCGAGGCUAGGAACCUCUUGGACUUCAAGGUACCUGAGAUCCCCAUAAAGCGAAUCCAGGAGAUCUACCGCAACAGUGACUUGCUCCACUCUCGAUCAGAGUCCGACCUGAUAACAGGCACUCGUUCCCAGUCGGACUCCCCCCAGGAGCUGGUGAAGCCCCUGAGCAGAAGCAUCGAGUCAGUCCUCGAGGACGCCAGGAGCCACUCGAGAAGAUCAACCCCAAGAGGGUCCCAGCUAAAUUCCUCCGAGGAAAGAAUCAGUGAGAUUUUCGAGGCUGACAGCCCCCCAAAGUCCCACACCUCAUCCUCAAACUCGAAAAAAUCAUCAGAAGAAAUUAAAACAGCCAGUGAGGCCUCGAUAUUCUCCCACAAGAUGGACCUCCUCCAGCUGAAUAAUAAAACCGACCUGGACGAGGACAUCAGCGCCCUGGAGAACGACCUGAGGACCCUCUCGGAGAUGAUGUCGAUGUUCACGAGAAAAUCAGUGGAGAAAAAAUCAUUCCAGACCCCAGGAUCAGGGAAAAACACAUCCAGAGACAUCAGCGAGGAUCUGACGAGAUCCGAGAACAUUGAUACAGAGCUGGAGAGCAUUCCGGAAGCCAAGAGCCCAUCGAAAGCAUCUCCCGAGGUGUUGAAAACCUCCGAAGUGUCUCCAAAGACAUCUCCAAGGACAUCAUCAACGAUUCCCGAGAAAGAAUCAAUAAAAUCCCCAGGAAAAAGUGACGUUGAUGAAGGGACUGUCAACGAUGUUGACUCAGUGAUCUCAGAGCACCUGAAAACCACUGGAAAUAUUCUAGAAAUCAGUGGAGCAGCCCUGGAGAGGAGCAUGGAGACCCUCCACAAGGAGAACGAGGCCUUGUCCUCAGAUUUCACGUCACUAGAAGGCGAUAUCAAGUCCAUUUCCGAGAUGAUCUCCAAGAUGAGUGAGAGUAAAAGUUUUUUGGGGCUUCCUGAGGGGCCAGUUGAUGCUCCAGGAGUGGAAAUCCCUGGAGAUGACGUUGAGGAGGCAGUUUUCCAGGUGAAAAAUUCAGAAACAAACGUUCUGGAGGCUUCAGUUCCAGUUGAGUCGUCGGGGAGAUCGUCAGGAUCAUCUCCUGGGGAACAGGCUGAUCGUGAUGAUGGGAAUGAGAGCUCAUUAGUGUCUGAAAAAUCGGUGGAGGUGAGAAAUUCCUCUGAGAGGGAUGGCCUCAGUCUGGAUAAGAGCGACUGGACUGUUUCCGAUUCUUUCGAGGUGCCCAAGGUCUCUUUAUUGGAGGAUGAUGGGGGUCAGUCGGAGGAGGAGGAUGAGGAUGAUGAUGGUGUUGAUGAUGAUGCUGAUGCUGAUGAUGAUGAUGAUGAUGAUGAAGUUCCAGAGACGACAUUCGUCGAUGAAAGAGUAUCAUAUCAAGAACCUGAAGAAUCGAUCUUCCUUCCUGGAUGUGAAUCCACGAAAAUUCAUGGAAGAGACGAUAAUGAUCAUCCAGGGGUGCACACUGACGAGCUCGACGACAUCCUGGACAUCAUCGAGAGGGACAGGCAGGCCUCAGAGAGACCCCAGGAUCACUACCAACUGCCUGAUGAUUUAAAUCUCGAAAUUAGAGAGACUGCAGCUCCCCCAGGGGAUUUAUCUCUGAAUUUAACAGCAGACGUUGAGCCUGUCCUUCAGAAGUUGACUGAGAUCCUCAUAAAUGUUGAGAAGAACAUUGCGAGAAGAACGGAAGGAAAAGCAACUCCUGAAGACGACGAGACAACGAAAUCGAGUGAAAAUAUUGAUUUUAAUUAUGAGAAUCUCAGGGAGACUGAUAUUGAUGAGAAAAUCGAGAUUAAUGAGCAUCUGGAUGAGGCCUUGAACGAGCUGAACCUCGAGGAGGAACUUUGUGUACCCCCAGGACCUCGAGAAGCCCCGGAAGCCCUUGAAAAACCCCCAGAGGCUGAUAAUCCUCCCUCGAAAUCUGAGAUAAAUGCAAGAAAAAUCGAAAAAACUCCCGAAGUGACGGAAAAUCCUGAGUACGAGGACAUCUCCGAGGAGAGUCUGGAGGUCUCGGAGAUCCUGGACAGAUCGGACUCGCAGAAGUCCUCCCAGAGGUCCUCAAAGUCCUCAAAAAUCCCGGAGAAGUACCAAAUAAUGGAGAAAACAGACGACGUUUUGAGGAUUCUCGACGAGAUCUCCAGGAAGUCAGCGAAGGAUAGAGAGCCUCCACCAGGGGCUCACCCCCACGAGGUGGAGAUAAAUGUGGAGGUCUUCGGGGAUAUCUCCCCUGCAUGCCUGCCAGGAGUCGUGAUCGAAGAGGUCGAGGGCCAAAAGUCCCUGGAGAGCAGUGAAAAAUCAGUGGAAAAAUCAGUUGGGCCUGUGAUCGAGGAGCCCGAGGACUCCAGGAAGAUCGAGGAAGAGGAGGAGUCCAGCGAGGCUGGGGACACCCCCAGGGAGGUGUCAGAGAUCGACCUGGACUCCCCAAGAGACCAGAACGAGUCGAGACUGGACAUCGAAGCCCUUGACGAUGAUUUAUUAUGCCAGAAUGAAGGGGAGAAGGAUCCUGAGGUCGAGUACCCAGGGAGUGGCAUCUCCACCUCUGAAAAGGACAUCGAGCUGAUGAUUGACAAGCUGAGGGCUUCCUUGGAGCAGCCUGGCCUGGCUGUUGCCGAACUGGAGGCCAGGGUCUUGAGGAUCGAGCAGCUGCAGAUUGAACUGGAGCUGGAGAAGAUUAAGAAGCUGGAGGCGGUGGAGGAGGUGUCAUUGUACAUGAGGGAGAUUCCUAAUAAACCUCCACCUCCUUACACUCCCCCAGGGGUGGUGAGGCUGGCAUCUCCGCAGAUAUCACCGACACUUCCACCUGCGGUGAUCCCCACGAAUGUCGAGGAACUGACGGCGUUCACGGAGAAGGCGACAGCUCUGAUUUAUCAUUCCAAGUUUAAUGAGGACGAGAUUAUGUCCCUGGAGGCGCCCUUGGACAUCCUGGAGUCCAGUAAAGACAGUAAUGAGACGUCGAGGAGGGAUAGGAAGAUUUAUAACACGUUUUUGUUUGAUCUCUGCAAAGAGACUGUUGCUGAGAUCUAUCAGUCGGAGUACGAGAAGCCUGGCCCGAGCUGGACCAAGCCCUGUGUCAAGACGAAACCAGCCAUGAAGAUACCAAAAAAUCUUGAGGAGCUCACUGAGUAUGUUAAUAAGGAGGUCGCCACUCUGUUUGGGUUCAAGACGAAGUUGCAGAGGGAGAAUAUGGUGAUGAGGUGGAGCAGGAAGAGGAGGGACAGGGUGGACGAACUACUCGCGAGGGAGGCGCAGGCUGAGGAGGACGAGUGGACCAAGUUUCAUCAUGACGAGCUGGAUGUUAAGAAUGAACUCACUAUUGCUAUAUUGGAUACUCUCGUUUUGGAGACUACGAGCAUUGUUAAAGCUGCUUUUAUCAAGAAGCAGAAGAUUUUUGUAUAGGGGACGGGGGUUCCUUGGGCUCACUACGUCUGAUGGAUUUCGGUUUUAAUUGUCCUUGUCACGAAUGUCACUGACAACAGCUCUGGUUUGUAAUUCAACGUCAGUGAGGACGAGAUAAUAAUACUGGAGUCCAGUGGAGUCAAGUCAGUCAAGACGAAACCAGCCAUGAAGAUACCAAAAAACCUUGAGGAAUUUACGGAGUAUGGUAAUGGGGAGUUUGACACUCUGUGCGGGUUCAAGACGAAAUUGCAGAGGGACAGGGUGACGAGGACGAGUGGAUCAAGUUUCAUCAUGACGAGCUGGACGUUAAGAAUGAACUCACUAUUGCUAUAUUGGAUACUCUCGUUUUGGAGACUACGAGCAUUGUUAAAGCUGCUUUCAUCAAGAAGCAGAAGAUUUUUGUGUAGGGGACGAGGGUUCUCCCCAGUCCGAAGUAGAUUUAAAGAGUUUUAACGAAAAACAAAUGGUAAGUCUAGACUUUGAGAGUCACGCUCAACUAUCUUUAAACGAACUGAAAACAAUUAUUGAAUUAUCAAUUGUAAGACUGAAAUAUCGGGGCCAUUGACAGGUUUUUCACCAUCUUAUCAAUUCUACAGCCUUCAACAUCGAAAUAAUGUACAGAUUUUAGUCGUUAGCUUCUGGUUUUCCUUUUUUUGUACCUGGACUUUUCGCUUCUUGCCAAGAAGAUGUGUGUUUUUUUGUGGGGAACUUGAGUUCUACUUGAAUAGGUUGUGAUGUACAUAUUAUUACAGGUUUCAAUGCGAUUUUUAUGGGGGGACUUGGGGUUGUUGAUUUAUUCAGUGUUUUUUGUCGAUUAUGACGAAUGAAAAAUCGAGGGAAUCACGGUUGAGCUUGAAAGUUACACAGUUAGUUUGAGUAUGUAGUGUUAAUAUUGUAUGUACUUAAUUACUUUAUGAUAUAUUUUAUAAUAAACUUUGGAGAUUGAAUCA